AUGACGCGCGAAAUCAUCAAUGUUCAGGUUGGCCAGGCCGGAAACCAGGUUGGCGAAAGCUUCUGGGAGAUUCUCCUUGCAGAACAUGGUCUCGAUGCGGAGGGUUUUUAUAAGGGGAAUGAUCCGCUGCAAAUCGCUAGGGUUGGAGUUUUCUUCACCGAGGUCGAGCAGUCUGGCAGCGAGAAGAAGUACGUUCCCCGUAGUGUGCAGGUUGAUCUCGAACAAGGCGUGUGCGAUCGCAUACGUGCAAGUAAGAUGGGAGCUUUGUUCCGGCCAGAUACAUUCGUGAAUGGUGACAGUGGUGCCGGAAACAACUGGGCGAAAGGAUUCUACACGGAGGGGGCCGAGCUGGUGGAGUCGAUCUUGGAUAUCGUCCGCAGGCAAAGCGAGGCUUGUGAUUCUCUACAAGGCUUUCAGAUGAUCCAUUCUCUGGGUGGAGGUACCGGUUCAGGCUUAGGCUCACUGCUGUUGUCGAAAUUCCGAGAAGAAUUUCCUGACAGGAUGCUCUCUACCUUCUCGAUUCUCCCUUCUCCUAAGGUGUCGGAAACGGUUGUCGAGCCGUACAAUGCGCUAUUGUCCAUCCACCAGCUCGUUGAGAACAGUGAUCUGACGAUGUGUAUUGAUAACGAGGCAUUGUACGACAUCACUGUGCGAACGCUGCACACUAAGAAUCCGGAGUUCUCAGAUCUCAACGUGUUGGUCUCACAAGUGAUGUGCGGUGUAAGCACCAGUUUGCGGUUCCCUGGUCAGCUGAAUGGUGAUCUGCGGAAACUUGGCUUGAACCUUAUCCCCUUCCCACGUCUGCACUUCUUGAUGCCGAGUUAUGCACCCUUCUACGAUCCGAAGGCGAGAGCGUUCAUGCGUCUCACUGUCCCCGACCUGACAUCAGCUCUCUUUGAUCGGAGAAACCUCCUUGUCGCCUGCGAUCCCAAGUUCGGCCGCUAUCUAACUGCAGCGACUAUUUUCCGAGGGAAGCUUUCGUCCCGGGAGGUGGAAUACUCUGUGUUGGAGCUUCAGCGCAAGAACUCCUCACAGUUCGUUGAAUGGAUACCGGACAAUGUUUCCGUUUCUCUGUGCUCAGUACCUCCGGUUGGGCAACAACAGUCCGCGACAUGUCUAGCAAAUUCUACGGCUGUUCAGGAACUCUUCAAGCGCACUCUCUCCCAGUUCGCUGCCAUGUACAAGCGCCAUGCGUUCCUGCAUUGGUACACGGGCGAGGGAAUGGACGAGAUGGAGUUCUCUGAAGCAGAAAGCAAUACGCAUGACCUGAUUGCCGAGUAUCAACAGUAUCAAGAAGCGACCCUGGAAGCGGAAGAUAACGAGGAGUUUGAAGAGGGGCUGGAGUAUGCUGAAGAAGAAGCUGCCUGA